CAUCGCCGACUACGCAAACGUCUAUGGGAUUAUGGAAACGCUUUCUUUUGAAUAGAUACAAUGGAUUGUCUCUAUUAACUCUUCCGGAUACGUGAUAUGCAAACAUCCUCCCACUACUAUUUUAUUCAAACAUUAAUGCCCACGCCCUUGAAUCGCUUUUUCUUCAUUUUGUUAUCAUUUUAGAGGCUGCACGUACACUUUCCCCGGUUUUGGGAUAACUGAUCGAUUGAACCAAUUUUACGUGCAAUAGAACUUGAUGCACAACAUCGGGAUCGUAAAACAAAAAUCCAAAUCCGUAUGCGAUGCGGAACGGAACCGAUAUGUAAAUAGAGCCGGCUGAAUAACGAAAAAGAAAGAAUAAGAUCCAACAAGAUAUAAACUGCAAAGGAGGGCGCCAACAAGGUUUUAAGGACGACAAUUUCCAGCCAAAUAUAUGAGGGUAUUGAGUGAUGUCGACCCAAGGAUUUAUCUUGUUUUACGCACGCCCGUCAGUGAGGGUACGUAGCAGCAGUGUUAUACAGCGGUUCGGAAAUAGCUGAAAGGGGAAUUUACGAUGUGUCCUCAAACAGGAAAGGGAGGAUUGUUUCACGGUACAUCCUCCUGGAGGACUAGUUGCCAAGAUAGGGGCGGCCAACGAUGUUGUGUAUUAUUGAAACAACUUCUUCGCCUCGCUCGGCUAAAGCGCGAUUGAACUAAAAACCGGAUGUGCUUUUCAACUGGGUUGUGACGUGCCCACAUCAAUCUUAUUCUACUCGAUGAAGGAGACUGUAAUGAGAUUUUGUAAUAUUUUGUUUUGUGUUUUUCAAAGGGAUUCAUUGUCAGUCUCCGCUAAUUAAUUUCGACUGAUCUAUUCCUGUUCGGACAGCAGCUUCAGUACGGUCGGCGUCAUCUGUCGGGAAACGUGACACUUUAGGAGAAUUAGAUAACAAAACCGUUUGCCCUGAUGUGUUUGUUUAUUUACUCGUCGGGGAAAAUCAAGACCAUGGGAAGAUCUCUUUGGAUGAGCCGAGAGAAAACAGGAGAAGGUGUUAUUAUGGUGCGGCAAGCAUCUUCGGUAGCGUCAUCAAAUCGUAACGGACUGACUGGACUUCCAAAAGUUGGCCGUCACCGACCAGUUGUGCGUAGCCAGAGUUCGCGGAUCUCGCUCCUGCGCCAGCCUCCGGCUAGUGCUUCUAGCCUCACCAGCGGAAACGAGGAAGAGCAUUUCUCCAUUCCCGAAAGGUACGUCGAGUUUCGUGGCAGGAGUUGCAAUCGUUGUUGGUGGUGGUGGAUCCCAUUGACCGUCAUUACGUCGAUCAUCGUCACUGCUGCCAUCAUCUGGUUAUUCCAACCUUACGGAUUAUUUGGUUACCAAGAAUACUCGAACGCUACGUUGGCGGAAGAGCAGCAGCAAGACGAAGUGUGUACGACUCCUGCUUGCGUCAAAGCGGCAGCACGUCUACUUGCUCGUCUCGAUCCGUCGAUUGAUCCCUGCACGGAUUUUUACCGUUUCUCCUGCGGCCGUUUCCUUGAAACCUACAGCGUCCCAGACGACUCUAAUCAGCUUUCAACCCUGCAGGAAAUGCAAGAUGAAAUGUUGCUGUCUACUCGAAAAGUGCUGGAACAGUCACACGAGGGCGAUGCUAACGUCAACGGAUCCAUCCGGAAAGUCAAAGAUUUCUACGCGUCGUGCAUGAGCCCGCAUUUGGACGAUGCGGAUUUUGGCAACGUCAGCGAGUUGCCACUGUUUGCUUUCCUACAGCCGGGCGAACUAGGCGCUUGGCCGUUGCUCAUGCUCGAGCCCGGCGACCGGCCGCACGAUCAUGCGUCACUCGAGCACCUGAUCGGGACCUUGGCAGCGCUCCAAGUCCAUAGCUUUGUUGACAUUUACGUGACGCAGGACGAGCGGAACUCGUCCCAGUACAUCCUUCAGUUUUUUAAAGGUGAGCCACUGAUGGAAAAAGAUUGGUAUGACGUGAGCAGGAAUGAGACGGCGGCCAGGCAUCUACGCUGCCUUCGCUCUUAUCGCAACCUCAUGGAGGAGACUAUCCUUCUUCUCAGUGGCGGCCGGCGUGAGCCACUUGACGAACUCGACGAUAUGCUGGCCUUUGAGGCUCGCUUUGCAAAAAUUUCCAGUACCUUCUGCGCUGAUGGUGACAUGAUUUCGGACCCGACCAACGACUCGAAUCGCACUACGAGUAACAAUGAAGAUCUGGAGAAUGCUGCCUUCCAUCACGAUACCAUCGUUGAUCAUCGCUUGAAUCUCUCCGACAUGGAAACCCAAUUUCCUGCGAUCAAUUGGACAGCAGCGGUGGAGACUCUUCUUCGAGCGACUGGCUUAAGCGAUAAAGAUCGGGCAGCUUUGCUGUUGUCUGACAUGCCCGUUAGUCUGCAGUGUCGUGACUUCCUACCCGAACUGAGCAACCUCCUCACCACUACACCAUCCAGAACCGUUACAAACUAUUUGAUAUGGCGAUUCAUCUUCAAAUCGAUGCCACUCAUCACCACCCGUUUCCACAAAAUGUGGACCAACUUCAAACAGAGUGUACCGAAUUUGGGGGAGGAGCGCAUUUAUCUUACCAGGUGGAAGCAGUGCGUCGCGCUGGUUAAUGAAGGUUUUGGAUUAGUGGCCGCUCAUCUUUACGUUACCAAAAUGGCCUCAAAUUGGACCAACACUUGGAUAUUGCGGCUAAUCGACGAACUAAAAGAGGCUUUCGGCGCCAGCAUCGCACGCCAAGAGUGGAUCGAAGAGGAGAUGACUCUACGUCUACUAGAGAAAUUGGAGGCAAUGGGCUCCAAGAUUGGCUAUCCCAACAAAAUUCUCAACCUGACUCAGUUGGAUCUCGAUUAUCAGGAGCUGCACAUUGACGGUGGCCAUAUUUUCUUCAACGUCAUGCGCAUGAAACGUCACGAAGUCUGGCGCGAAAUUCAAAAAGUAUUUCAGCCUCCACCACAAGAAAAAGAAUGGCUAGUUCAACCGCUGGUCGUCAAUGCCUUCCACAAUCCAUCGACCAACGAGAUCAUUUUUCCACUAGGCAUCCUUCGUGAGCCUUUCUUCAACCUAGACCUACCGAGGUACAUGACGUACGGCAAUCUAGGCGUCGUGAUCGGCCAUGAAAUUGUUCACGGUUUCGAUGUCAACGGACGACGGUACGACCGACAUGGCAACAUGACGCAAUGGUGGAGCGACUCGCUGAUGCGUGAGUUCAGCCAGCGGACCGACUGUUUUGUCCAACAAUAUGCCGCGUUCACAAUUGACCACAUCGAUAAACCGGUCGACGGAAACAGAACACUGGGCGAAAAUGUAUGCGACAGUGGUGGUCUCGCCCAUGCGUGGACAGCAUAUAAGUCACAUUCAAGAGCCAUAGGCGAGGAGAAUCAUAGGCCAGAAUUCCGACUGCCAGGUGUCAACUACACCAAUGACCAGCUUUUUUUCAUCACUUACGGACAGAUUUGGUGCGAAGUGCUUAAUGCUGAUGGCUACGAGAAGUACACCAAAGAAGCUCAUAGUCCGGGCAAGUACCGUGCCAACGGUGUCCUUCAAAAUAGCCCUACUUUUUCUGAAGUGUUUCAUUGCCCAGUCGACAGUCCGAUGAACCCAGUCAACAAGUGCCAACUCUGGAGCUAAUGACAAAUACAGUAAGUUAAAAAAAAAAAAAAAAAAAACCUUUUAAGACUGUUGGGGCGUUGACAGCCGAACAAAGGCUUUUAACACAAUGUUUGGCAACAACUUCUUACUGGCUGUCAGCAACUAUAGAUUGUUGAUCAUUUUUUCAUGUAUAGUCGAUUCCCUGUCAGUUAAAACCAAGUUUGUUAAAUGCAUGGCGACAUAUUUUCAAUUAUGUAUACGUCACUCAAGUCAAAAAUUUUUGUUUUGUUUCUACGACGUUUAACUAAGUCAAAUCAUUUUCAAUGCGCAAAAAGAAAAAUGUCAUCCUGCUAUCACUCGAAAGAGUUUUCUCUCACGCUCUUAAUUCUUUAUUUUAUACUUUGCGUUCGCCGUGUUAGUUCCGUCACGUUUGACAUGGUACUGCACCACUGAAACCUAGUGUAUAUUUGUGAAAUCAUGGAAACACCCAUUUCUUCUCCCGUCAGCUUGCCAAAAAAAAAAAUUUUUUCAAAUCCUUUUUACUCUCGUGUUUUUUUAAACCAAAAAAAGAACAAAAACGUGGUUGGUGUUUUUUGAUCAAUUCGUGCUAAUCGUGAAUGUCACGUUUAAAAAAAUCUAGUUUCAAUUUCGUGAAUUAUAAUCAUUGUCUCACAUACCUCGGUACAAUUGAGUAUUGAAUAGUAAACGUGACUGAUAUGUAA